UUCUAUGAAACAGAAUUUGUAUAAAUGUUAUUUUGUGUCUGCGACAGCAAGUAAUAUCGAUAGUUGCAGUUGAUGAUGGGCUCACAAUUAGUACCGGUACUUGGUACUUGGUAAUUCAAACGCCAUUUCCGUUUCUUUCAUUUUCUGUUUUGGUUUUGUCAAAACAAGCGUUGGUCACUCACAGUCAAUUGCGCUAAUAGUUUAUUAAAUCUAUAUAUAGAAAACACUAUUACAACAAUUCGCUUAAAUUGUGUUACAUUUCUCCACACCAAUAAUGGAAAACCAAGGAAAAGAGAAUGUCGUACGACUCAAGGAUUUGAUUGAUUCUGAAUCUAUGCCAAUACAAGAAAUAUUAAGCCUUAUGGAUUGCCACCAAGAGAAGGAUCAGAUCAAAGGCUUUAUCGAGUUGAACAGCUAUCCUAAAAAAGUGAUCAUAGAUCUAGUUAUUGGACAUUUGAUUAUUCCACGAUGCCUUCAAGUUCUGCGUAACGCCACAAAAUUGAAGUUGAAGAUAUUGGCUGCUCAUACCUUGUCAGCUCUUGCAGCCGGAACUCAGCAGCAUGUGCUCACUUUGCUGUCCUAUAAAGACGUGAUGGUGGAACUCGUCAACAUGCUCAACUCGAAUGCUUUGCGAUUGAUUCUAAAAGCUGCUAGGAUGCUGGGCAAUAUUGCCAAAAGUUCGGCGAUGGCUCGCCAUACCUUUUUUCAGCAUAGUGUGGCUGACGUUGUAUUACGCGUAAUGUCCAAGGACCCGGACGACGUGAUUCAAAUCUACUUGUCGGAAUUGGUAUUGCGAUUGGUCCGCUACAGCCGUGAAUCGAUAGCAUUGCAUCAGCAAUUCAAUACAUUUUUGAUGAUUAUCGUUUCCAUGAUCGACAGCCGGAUCGGGUCGGUCAUCCGCGAUGCCUGCCUCGCCCUUGGCGAGAUCAUUGUGGCCAACGCUGAUUUGCUAGAUGCAUUCAUUGCCCUGGAUGGUGCGAAGCGUUUGGUUCGGGUGCUGAGUCGUAACCGUUUCAGUCUUCGAUCAACACUGGAUAUAAUGACCGUAAUUGCCAAACAAAAGGCAAAAUAUGCCAAUGCAAUCCUGGAUGCUGGUGCGGUGAAUUGGUUGUGUUAUUUAUUGAGGACACAGCUCCCCAAUGAGGGAAUCAAAAUUCUCGAGUUGCUCAGUUGCCUGAUAUUUACAACUGAGAAAGCAGUUCGGAUUGUGAUCGAUGCAGGCGUCUAUCACAUAAUGCCCGAAAUUAUUCGUAAUGUGAAUCCCAUCUAUUAUGCUUCGGCCAUUGAUAUCGUUGCCACCACUAUAUUUAUGGCCACAAAGCAACAAAUUCUGGAGAUAGCCGAUCGUUAUGAGAUAUUUAAACCGUUUAUGUUGCUGCUGAUGAGGAUUAGCUGCGUUAAAUCGCAGACCACAGUGAUUACGGUAAUUAAUCACCUCUUUGAUGUGGAUGCCUCGUUGGUCUCCUUACGUCCACCGCUCCUUGAGAUGUAUCUGGGAAAAUUGCUCGAAUUGUGCAUGGCCGAAGAUGAUGAACUCAGCGCUCGUGCCCGUACCGCUAUCGAGAAUUAUGCCAAAUACUUUCUCCCCCAACUAAAGCAGUAGGUGUUCGACUAGUAUUAAGAAGCACAUUCAAUUUAAUUGAAUGAUUACACUCUGUAUAAGUUCUCGAAGAUACCUUUCAAUAAAUA